AUGUUUGAAGGUAGAAGAAUCGAUCAAUAUCAGACACAUGUGUGCAUGGCAUAUUCGGUCGAGAUUCGGUUAAGGUGGGGGAGAAAUUAUCAUAUUUUUGCAACGCAAAAAGUAAAGCAUGAAAAAGCCAUAUGUACUUUUCAAGCAAACACGAAAGAAAACGCGAAUCCAAAAAGCUUUUGUUCUCCUUUAAGUGAUUUGAAAGAGAUUUAG